AUGUCUGUUUCAGAGUAUCCUUCUCUCAAGAAGCUCAGAAAUGAAUCUGUGAUCUUGCCCAAUGCCAACAAAAUCCUUGUGGCUAACAGAGGUGAGAUUCCUAUCCGUAUAUUUAGAAGUGCCCAUGAAUUGAGUAUGCAUACGGUGGCUGUCUACUCUUACGAGGAUAGAUUGUCGAUGCAUCGCUUCAAGGCUGAUGAGGCUUAUCAAAUUGGUAAGAAGGGCCAAUAUUCUCCUGUUCAGGCCUAUUUGCAGAUGGAUGAGAUCAUCAAGAUUGCUAAAGAGCAUGGUGUUUCUAUGAUUCAUCCUGGUUAUGGCUUUCUUUCCGAGAACGCACAAUUUGCCGCCAAGGUUGAGGCUGCCGGACUCAUUUGGGUCGGUCCUUCUGCCAAGGUGAUUGAUGACCUUGGUGACAAGGUUAGUGCCCGUAUUCUUGCUGCUAAGUGCGGUGUUCCAACUGUUCCCGGUACUCCGGGCCCUGUUGAUGACAUCAGUCAGGCAAAGGAGUUUGUGAAACAAUAUGGCUACCCUGUUAUUAUUAAGGCUGCCUUUGGGGGUGGUGGAAGAGGUAUGAGGGUGGUUAAAGAAGGUGAUGAUAUUGCAGAUGCUUUCCACAGAGCCUCCUCUGAGGCUAAGUCUGCCUUUGGUAAUGGUACCUGUUUCUUGGAGAGAUUCCUUGACCAUCCAAAGCAUAUUGAAGUUCAACUUUUGGCAGAUAAUUAUGGUAAUACCGUCCAUUUGUUUGAGAGAGACUGCUCGGUGCAGAGACGUCACCAGAAGGUGGUGGAGAUGGCUCCUUCCAAGACGUUACCUGAUGAGGUGAGAAAUGCGAUUCUUGCCGAUGCUGUCAAAUUGGCUAAGGUUGCCAACUACAGAAAUGCCGGUACAGCCGAGUUUCUUGUUGAUAGGAAGGGCAACCAUUAUUUCAUCGAGGUCAAUCCUCGUGUCCAGGUCGAGCAUACCAUUAGUGAGGAGAUCACUGGAGUUGACAUUGUUUCCGCUCAGAUUCAAAUUGCUGCUGGUGCUUCUUUGGAGAAGUUGGGUCUAUUGCAGGACAAGAUUACUACUCGUGGCUUUGCCAUUCAAUGUCGUAUAACUACCGAGGACCCUGCAAAGAAUUUUCAGCCUGAUACAGGUAAAAUCGACGUCUACAGGUCAGCUGGUGGUAACGGUAUCCGUCUUGACGGUGGUAACGGGUUUGCUGGCUCUGUUAUUUCGCCUCAUUACGAUUCAUUGUUGGUCAAAUGUACCGCUCAUGCCUCCAACUUUGAGGUCACCAGAAGAAAGAUGGUGAGAGCUCUUAUUGAGUUCCGUAUUCGUGGUGUUAAGACAAACAUUCCUUUCCUCAUUGCUUUGCUUACGCAUCCUGUGUUCAAGUCCGGUGAUUGUUGGACCACUUUCAUCGAUGAUACUCCUUCGUUGUUUGACAUGAUCUCUUCAAGAAACAGAGCCCAAAAAUUGUUAGCUUAUAUGGGAGAGUUGUGUGUCAAUGGUUCCACUAUUAAAGGGCAAGUUGGUGUUCCACGCUUGCAAACUGAUGCCAAGGUUCCUGAUUUCCAUGAUCCAAAAACGGGUGAGCUUGUUGAUGUUUCUACUCCUGUCCCAUCUGGAUGGCGUAACGUUCUUCUUGAAGAAGGACCGGAAGCUUUUGCUAAAAAGGUCAGAUCCCAUAAAGGUUCUCUUAUCAUGGAUACCACUUGGAGAGAUGCUCAUCAGUCUUUGUUGGCUACUCGUGUCCGUACCAUUGAUAUCCUCAAUAUUGCUCCAACCACGGCUCAUGCAUUUUCCGGUGCGUUCGCCCUUGAAUGUUGGGGUGGUGCCACUUUCGAUGUCGCUAUGAGAUUCCUCCACGAGGACCCAUGGGACAGAUUAAGGAAGAUGCGUGCUGCUGUGCCAAAUAUCCCAUUCCAGAUGUUACUUCGUGGUGCCAACGGUGUUGCUUACUCUUCUUUACCUGACAAUGCCAUCGAUCACUUUGUUAAGCAGGCCAAAGACAAUGGUGUUGAUAUUUUCCGUGUCUUUGAUGCUUUGAAUGAUUUGGAGCAAUUGAAAGUUGGUGUUGAUGCUGUUAAGAAGGCGGGUGGUGUCGUUGAGGCCACUGUUUGUUAUUCUGGUGACAUGUUGCAGCCCGGAAAGAAGUACAACUUGAAUUAUUACUUGGAGACUGUUGGUAAAAUUGUCGAGAUGGGUACACAUUUCCUUGGAAUCAAGGAUAUGGCUGGUACUAUGAAACCGGCUGCCGCCAGGUUACUCAUUGGCGCUAUCAGAAAAGCUUAUCCAGACUUGCCAAUUCAUCUUCACACGCACGACUCUGCAGGUACAGGUGUUUCCACCUAUGUUGCUGCUGCAGAUGCUGGUGUUGAUGUUGUUGACUGUGCCAUUAAUUCUAUGUCUGGUUUGACUUCUCAGCCAUCUUUGUCUGCAUUCAUUGCAGCUGUUGAUGGUUCGUUCGAGCCAGGCAUUCCAGAAUCUGCCGCUCGUGAAUUGGACGCUUACUGGGCCGAGAUGCGUUUACUUUAUUCGUGCUUCGGUACGGACUUAAAGGGUCCAGAUCCAGAGGUUUACCAGACGGAAAUCCCAGGUGGUCAAUUGACCAACUUGGUCUUCCAGGCUCAACAGGUUGGAUUGGGCGAGCAGUGGGCUGAGACCAAGAAGGCCUACGUUGCUGCCAACCAAUUGCUUGGCGAUAUUGUCAAGGUGACUCCAACUUCCAAGGUGGUUGGAGACUUGGCUCAGUUUAUGGUUUCCAACAAGUUGUCUUCCAAGGAUGUUGAGAAAUUGGCUUCAGAGUUGGACUUCCCAGACUCUGUGCUAGACUUUUUCGAGGGAUUGAUGGGCACACCAUAUGGAGGAUUCCCAGAACCAUUGAGAACCAAUGUCAUUAAAGGUAAGAGAAGAAAGCUUACACAUAGACCAGGUUUGGAGCUGGAACCAUUCGACCUACAAAGAGUCAGAAAUGACUUGCGUGCACGAUUUGGCCCAGAUAUCACUGAGUGUGAUGUCGCCUCUUACAACAUGUAUCCACGUGUUUAUGAGGACUUCAAGGCAGUUCAAGAGAAGUAUGAUGACUUGUCAGUGUUACCAACCAGAGCUUUCCUUGCUGCACCAAAGAUCGGUGAGGAAAUUCAGGUUAACAUUGAGCAGGGAAAGACGUUGAUUCUUAAAGUUGCAGCCAUUGGUAACUUGAAUGAGGAGACUGGUACUCGCGAGGUUUACUUUGAAUUGAACGGUGAGAUGAGAAAAGUCUCCGUUGAUGAUAAAAACGCCUCUGUCGAUAAGGUUACCAAGGCCAAAGCUGAUGCACACAACCCUAACGAGAUUGGUUCUCCAAUGGCCGGUGUUAUCGUCGAGGUUAAGACGCAUACAGGUGCCGAUGUUAAGAAGGGCGACCCAUUGUGUGUUUUAAGCGCCAUGAAGAUGGAGAUGGUGAUUAGUGCCCCAAUUACCGGUAGGGUGGCGGACGUCUUGAUUGAAAAGAACGAGAACGUUGACGGUGGUGACUUGUUGGUGAAGUUGACUCAACCUGAAGAGAAGAAGGAUUGA